UCACCUUUACCAUAGUUGUUUGCCUAGAGGUAGGAGGGGUAUGACUAAGCUGUGUUGAGAUCACCGAAGAUCCAAAAUACCAGUACACAAAAAUGGCGACAGUGGUGGGUGAAGCACGUGCCAGUUUGGAGCGUUCUGUACGCGAGCGCGUGCCGCCUCUGCUGACUGAUUUGUAUCAGUUCACUAUGGCGUAUGCCUACUGGCGCGCGGGCAGGCACAAACAGCACGCAGUUUUCGAGCUCUUUUUCCGUGAUAACCCGUUCGGAGGCGGCUUCUCACUUUUUGCAGGAUUGAACGACUGUUUGUUAUUCCUGCGGAAUUUUCGUUUCACCGAUGAAGAUGUGGAGUACUUGCGCUCUGUGUUACCUGCAGACACGGACCCUGAGUUUUUUUCCUACCUAAAAGAUUUAGAUUGCUCCGCUGUGUGCGUCAGUGCAGUGCCGGAGGGAACUGUUGUUUUUGCCAGGGUUCCCCUUAUGGAGGUGUCUGGCCCACUGGCUGUUGUUCAGUUGUUGGAAACCAGCUUGCUCUGUCUGGUCAACUAUGCCAGUCUGGUGUGCACCAAUGCCGCACGGUUUCGUCUAGCUGCAGGCCCCAAACUGCGACUCAUGGAGAUGGGCCUGAGGAGAGCACAGGGGCCUGAUGGAGGCUUGACUGCUUCUCGGUACACAUACAUUGGUGGUUUUGAUUUGACAAGUAAUGCUCUUGCUGGACGUCUCUUUGGGAUUCCAGUGGCAGGCACCAUGGCACACUCUUAUGUCACAUCUUUCUCCUCACUGGAUGAAGUAUUGCCAAAGACUCUGGUGCCCUCCAGGGGUGGUGAACCUGUUGACCUUGUCUCUAAGGUAAAGGACUGGUUAGACCGUGUAUGCCAGUUACUAAGAGCCGACCCUCAUAAGGUACGUGAAGGAGAGCUUGCUGCCUUCCUGACCUAUGCCAUUGCAUAUCCUCGUAACUUCCUGCCUGUGAUUGACAGCUACAGUGUCAGCUGUAGUGGGUCAAUCAGUUUUUGUGCUGUUGCUUUGGCGCUGUGUGAGCUGCAGUAUCAGCCUGUGGGUGUGAGGCUGGAUAGUGGAGAUCUCUGCAAGCAGUCUUUGCAAGUGUGCCAUGUUUUCAGAGAGUGCAGCAAGCACUUCUCUGUUCCUGCUUUUGAGUCUUUUGUCAUCGUUGGUACAAACAGUUUGUCUGAAAAGAGUCUCUGUGAACUCAACAAAAGAGAUAAUGAGAUUGAUGUUGUGGGAGUUGGAACUCACCUUGUUACAUGCACAGGUCAGCCCUCCCUUGGGUGUGUGUAUAAGUUGGUAGAGGUUGGAGGUCGGCCCAGGAUGAAGCUGAGUGAGGACCCAGAGAAGAGCACAUUGCCAGGCAAAAAGGCAAUCUACAGGCUGUUGGACACUGAUGGGCAUCCUCAAAUGGAUCUCAUAUGCCUAAAUGAGGAACCUGCACCUAAAGUGGAAAUUCCUUUAAAUUGUUACCCUUUAGGGCUGGACAAGUCUGUCCAGUCCAUCACACCUGCUCGGGUGACAAGCCUGCGGAUAGAAGUCUUCUCCUACGGUGAGAUCACACUCCCACUGAGCAGUUCAUCUGAGAAUCGAGUACAUGCACAGAACUCUCUUCAAGCCUUGUAUCCCCAUCAUAAAAAACUUCAGGAGCCAGAGCCUUAUACAGUUAGUGUUUAA